AUGAUCUUCGGCAAGUUGUGGUCGCAAGCUUUUGUCUUUGCUGCCGUGGUGGUGGCUGUCUGCUCCUUCGAUGUGGACGAUGAGUGUGGUGAAGGCGACUGCAGCCUCGAGAUGCUUCACCUCCGGGCCAAGAAGCUUGAAGGCAGUGAGGAGUUGCAAAGGACCAGCCACGCAAACCAUGAGGAUGAGGAAGAGGCUGCAGAUGCAGAAGACACUGCUGCCCAACAUGCAGAAGAGACAGACAUUCAGAAUGCGGAUGAUGAUUCUACCGAGCUGAACUUGGAGGCAGACAACGAUGUGCAGAAUGAAAACGAGGAUUUUGGAAAGAAAUGCUUGACUUGGACGAGGUGCCGCAACGGCUUCUUCCGCGGAAUGCGCUGCAGCGGUGGCCGCUACUGCACAAGGUGGGGCGGAGGAAGCCGCCGAUGCCGAAAAUACGUCAGCUGCCGCAGGGGCUUUUUCAAUGGCAUCAACUGCCAUGGCAGCCGGCACUGUGUCAGUUGGUUCUGA